AUGCGGGGGCUGCUGCUGUGGCCCCUGGUGCUGGGGCUCGGCCUGGUGGGCAACGCCCAGACCCCCAGCGUCUACGACGAGGGCGACAGCACAGGAGCGGGCAGUGGUGAGGGACCCGGCCCCGGGGCCCGGGAGGUGGGGUCCCUGAGACAGAGCUGGCCCCGGGGCCAGAGGGAGGUGGGCAGUGCGGGGUGCUCUCGCCCGGUCCCGCCCUCUGCCCCGGCCUCCUGGCCUCCACCCCGCCGGCCGGGCUAUUUGUCCAUGUCAUCGUCCUGCUCUCCCGCCACCCCGGGGGUCCUGAGAGCCGGGCGGGAACAUGCCGGCACCCCAGCACCAGCGGCCAGGGCCUUCCAGGGCAGAGGGGCCCCUCGGGACUCCCUGCGGUCAGGCCAGGGGGGCAGCCCGGGCCCACUGACACGGCCUCUCUCCCCAGGAGGCCCGCUGGGGCCCUGGCCCGGGUCCAGGGAGGUGACGCCGCCCACCCAGCCUCAGCCCCGCGGCUUCCCGGGCCUCCCCUGCCCCAACGACAGCAGCUCGCUGCGGCUCCCGGACAGCUCCCGGGCGCUGCUGCUGGGCUGGGUGCCCACCAGGCUGGUGCCCGCCCUCUACGGGCUGGUGCUGGUGGUGGGGCUGCCCGCCAACGGACUGGCGCUGUGGGUGCUGGCCACGCGGGUGCCGCGGCUGCCCUCCACGGUGCUGCUCCUGAACCUGGCGGCCGCCGACCUGCUGCUGGCCCUGGUGCUGCCGCCGCGCCUGGCCUACCACCUGCAGGGCCAGCGCUGGCCCUUCGGCGAGGCCGCCUGCCGCGCGGCCACGGCGGCCCUCUACGGCCACAUGUACGGCUCUGUGCUGCUGCUGGCCGCCAUCAGUCUGGACCGCUACCUGGCGCUGGCGCAUCCUCUGCGGGCCCGCACCCUGCGCGGCCACCGCCUGGCCGCGGGGCUCUGCCUGGCCGCCUGGCUCUCAGCGGCCGCCCUGGCGCUGCCGCUGACCCUGCAGCGGCAGACCUUCCGGCUGGCGGGCUCGGACCGGGUGCUCUGCCACGACGCGCUGCCCCUGGGCGCCCAGGCCUCCUACUGGAGGCCGGCCUUCACCUCCCUGGCGCUGCUGGGCUGCUUUCUGCCGCUGCUGGCCAUGCUGCUGUGCUACGGCGCCACCCUGCGCGCGCUGGCGGCCGGCGGCCGGCGCUACGGCCACGCGCUGAGGCUGACCUCCCUGGUGCUGGCCUCGGCCCUGGCCUUCUUCGCGCCCAGCAACGUGCUGCUGCUGCUGCACUACUCGAACCCGAGCCCGGGGGCCUGGGGAGACCUCUACGCUGCCUACGCGCCCAGCCUGGCGCUCAGCACGCUCAACAGCUGCGUGGACCCCUUCCUGUACUACUACGUGUCCGCCGAGUUCAGGGACAAGGUGCGUGCCGGGCUCUGCCGCCGGCCACCCGGGGCCACCACCGCCUCCAAGGCCUCCGGGGAGCCGGGCGGCCCCGGGACAGCCACCCGCUCCUCCUUGCUUCUGUGACAGGCUCGGGAGGGUGACCGAGGGGAAGGGGCCGCCUCGGGUUGAGGAGGGUCUUCCCCCCAAACUCACGUCCCUCCAGGACCUGGGCGUGGCCUUAUUGGAGACAGGGUCGUGUCACUGUCCUCAGUUAAGACAAGGUCACCUUGGAGGAGGGUUGGAUCCUCUGCCUGGUGACUGGUGUCUGUCCAUGAAGAGAGGAUGGAGACAUGGGGAGCGGCCCCGGGGAGGAGGCGGGCUGG